AUGACGGCCCCGAGCUCCGAUGCCGGGGUGAAGAAGCCCCGCCUCGUCAUCAAGAAGAUGGUGCUGGAGAACUUCAAGUCCUACGCUGGCGCCCAGCACGUCGGGCCUUUCCACAAGUCGUUCUCCUCCGUGGUUGGCCCCAACGGAAGCGGCAAGUCCAACGUCAUCGACGCGAUGCUCUUCGUCUUCGGCAAGCGCGCCAAGCAGCUCCGCCUGAACAAGGUCUCCGAGCUCAUCCACAACUCGACCGAUUUCCGCAACCUCGAGUACGCGCGCGUCGAGGUGCACUUUCACCAGAUCGUCGAUAAGGAGGGCGAGGACUUCGAGGCGGUGCCCGACAGCGACUUCGUCAUCGCGCGCGAGGCCUACCGCAACAACACCUCCAAGUACUUCGUCGAUAAGAAGACCAGCAACUUCACCGACGUCACCAACCUCCUCAAGCAUCACGGCGUCGACCUCAACAACAACAGAUUCCUCAUCCUCCAGGGCGAGGUUGAGCAGAUCUCCAUGAUGAAGCCGAAGGCUGCGAACCCCGGCGACGAGGGCCUCCUCGAAUACCUCGAGGACAUCAUCGGCACCAACCAGUACGUCGAGCCCAUCGAGCAGAAGAGCAAAGCUCUGGAGGAGUUGAACGAGAAGCGCACCGGCCAGGUCAAUCGCCUCAAGCUUGUCGAGAAGGAGAAGGACGUCCUCGACGACGCCAGGCAGGAAGCCGAGGCCUUCAUGGCCAAGGAGCGCGAGUGCCUCAGGCACAAGACGGUCGCGUACCAGAUGUACGUCAAGGAUGCGCGGGAUAACGUCGCCAAGAUUGCCGAAUCCGUCGCCGAGCUCGAGGCAAAGCUCGAGGAGGAAAAGGCAAAGUCCACAGAGUACGACAAGGCUGUCGAGGAGCUCGAGGUUGUCGUUAAGGAGCACGCCGUCAAGCUGAACGAGUUGAAGGGCGAGCUCGACAGGGCCACGAAAGAGUUCGCCGAGUUUGAGCGCAAGGACAUCAAGCACAGGGAGGACCUCAAGAACAUGAAGUCUCGCGCAAAGAAGCUGGAUGAGAAGGUUGCCAAGGAUACCAAGAAGCGCGACGACAUGGCGAAGGAGUGCGAGGCGAUUGAGAAGGAGGUGCCCGAGCUCGAGGCCAAGAAGGCUGAGCUGGAGUCCCGGGUGGAGAAGGAGGAGGCUACCCUCGACGCCAUGCUCGAGUCCCUCAAGGGGGAGAUGGCGGCCAUCGGCGCCGAGCUCGAGAGGGCUCAAGCCGCGCUGUCCCCGUGGGAGGGUAAGAUCGCGGACGCCAAGGCUGCGGUGGACGUCGCCGUCACCGAACGCGACCUGCUCGCGACCGAGAAGGAGGACGCGAAGCGAAGGUUCGAGGAGGCCAAGGCGGGCGCGGAGGCGGCUGUCGCGCUGGCCAAAUCCAAGACGGAGGAGAUUGCCGACGCCGAAUCGACCCUCGAGAGCGAAAGGUCGCGAGCCGCCGAGCGACGCGAGGCUGAAGCCGCCGCCAAGGAGCAGGAGAGGCGCGCGAACGAGAUGACCCGCGAGAUUCGCGGCAAGCUCGCCCAGAGCAAGUCCGCGGCGGACCAGGCCAAGUCUCAAAGCGUCAUCGUCCAGUCCCUGAUGACGGCAAAGUCCAAGGGGAAGAUCAAAGGGGUGCUCGGGCGACUGGGCGAUCUCGGCGCCAUCGACAAAAAGUACGACGUCGCCGUGUCCACGGCGUGCGCCGCGCUCGAUUACAUCGUCGUCGAGACCACCGCGGACGCCCAGGCUUGCGUAGCGCACCUCAGGUCCAACAACCUCGGCGUCGCCACCUUCCUCAUCCUCGAGAAGCAGCGAUCACUCGAGGGGAAGAUGCGGGAGGCGAAAAAGACGUCCGCCCCGGCGAGCGGCGCGCCCCGGCUCAUCGACCUCAUCAAACCCGCCGAGCCGAGGCUCGAGGUUGCCUUUUACUACGGCGUUCGCGACACCGCCGUCGCCGACGACCUCGACGCGGCGUCGAAGAUUGCCUACGGCGGCAACGUCCGCAGGCGGGUGGUCACGCUCCAGGGGCAGCUCAUCGAGACGUCGGGUACCAUGUCCGGCGGCGGGUCCAAGCCCAGGGGCGGUCGCAUGCGAACCGGCACCGCCGCGCCCGAUCUCGACGGCGAGGGUGCCGAGUCCGCCGCCGCCGUCGCCCAGGCGGAGGCUGACCUCAAGAAAGCCUCGGUCACCUACGAGGAGGCGCACAAGGCGGCCGUCAGCGCGGGUAAGGAGGCCAAGGAUGCCGAGGCUGCCGUCGCCAAGCUCGAGCGAUCCCUCCCCAAGCUUCGCGCCGAGGUGAUCGCGGCGGAGGAACGCGCAGCGGAUCUCGAGGGCCGACUCGGCGAGCUCGAGGCGGCCGCCAAGGUGACCAAGGAGGACGCGGCGGAGCUCAAGCGCCUGGAGAAGGCGGUUGCCGACGCCAAGGCUCUUUACGAGAAGGUUGUCGCCGACGCCGCGGGGGUUCGCGCCGAGUGCGAGGCUCUCCAGGCUAAGAUGGACGCCGUCGGCGGCGAGAAGCUAAAAAAACAGAAGGCUCUCGUCAAGGACCUCGCCGCCGGCAUCGCCGCCGCGGGCGACGCCGCGACGGAGAAGCGCGCGACGGCCGCGUCGCACGCCAAGGCUACCGCGCGCCUCGAGAAGGCGAUCGAGGAGGCUGUCGCCGAGCGCGCCAAGCUCUCCGAGGAUGUCAAGACGAUCAAGGCUGAGUUUGCCGCGUUGGAGGAGGGCGCCAUGGCGGUGCUCGAGUCCCAGAAGGAGCUUCAGGGCCUCGUCGACGCCAAGUCCGCGGAGUGCGCCGCCGCUUCCAAGGCUAGGGACGCCGCCGUCAAGGAGAUGGCGGCGCUGAAGCACGUCGAGGUUGACAUCCAGAGCAAACUCGAGGAUCUCGACGCGCAGUCCAAGGAGAACGACGACAAGGCUAAGCACUGGGACAAGGAGCUCAACAAGCUCCGCAAGGAGCAGGAGUCGCUCCACGCCGAGUGCGAGGUCCCGGUGCCCGAGCUUCUCACCCCCGAACAGCUCGACACCGUCGACGCCGCGGACGAGAUGCGCCGCGCCGGUGCCCUGGAGGAGGAGCUCAAGGAGAUGAAGCCCGACAUGAGCUCCAUCGAGGCGUACCGCGUAAAGAUGGGCGAAUACGACGAGCGCAACGACGAGCUCAAGUCGGUGACGGAGCAGCGCGACGAGACCCGCGCGCAGUUCGACGAGCUCAGGAAGAAAAGACUCGACGAGUUCAUGGCGGGUUUCAACGUCAUCUCGCUCAGGCUGAAGGAGAUGUACCAGAUGAUCACCCUGGGCGGCGACGCGGAGCUCGAGCUGGUGGAUUCCAUGGACCCCUUCGCCGAGGGCAUCGUGUUUUCGGUGCGUCCGCCCAAGAAGUCCUGGAAGAACAUCGCCAACCUCUCCGGCGGUGAGAAGACGCUGUCUUCGCUCGCGCUCGUGUUUGCGCUGCACCACUACAAGCCCACGCCGCUCUACGUGAUGGACGAGAUUGACGCCGCGCUGGACUUUAAGAAUGUCUCCAUCGUGGGCCACUACAUCAAGGAGCGAACCAAGGAUGCGCAGUUUGUGAUCAUCUCGCUUCGCAACAACAUGUUCGAGCUCGCGGAUAGGCUGGUGGGCAUCUACAAGACCAACAACACCACGAAGACGGUGGCCAUCAACCCGGGGGCGUUUGCCGUCGGCGCCGACAACGGAUCCGCGAAGAAGGCCGCCGACGCGUCCGCGGCUGGGGAUGAGGAGAACCGGGCUCCCAACGCGAUCGCCGCGUGAGGCCCGAGGGGUUAGGGGUGGGGUGGAAUAAACGACCUUGAGAUUCUGUAUAAAAUGAA